UUGUGGGAAACAAGACUACACGUUAUGGAUGACUGAAGCUCUCAUCGGUGAUUUACAGAAUUAGACAUCAUCUCCGCCAUCUUCAUUGUCAACGACAGCAUCUUCCUGCCUCAGUUUGGCUUCGAUACGCUCCAGUACCCUUUGUCUGCCUGGAGCACAUCAGGCAGUAGCCACUCGUAGCGCACGCUGUGAGAUUCUUGAGACGAGUGAGGGCGAAAGAGUGCGUGAGCAUAGUAAUUGCUGUGGCGAAAAUUUCAUGAGCGGCAACAUCUGUCCCGGAUCGGAAUAGGGAAUAUUUGUCGUCUUUUUCAAAAUGUGCACCCGUUGCUGUAUAGCUCAGCUGGCGUGCUGCUGCGGCUCUGCGGCCUGCUCGCUGUGCUGCGGCUGCUGUCCGAAGAUCAAACAGUCGACGGGGACGCGUUUCAUGUACGCCCUCUAUUUCAUGCUGGUCACUAUCGUCUGUGUUAUUAUGAUGUCGCCGGCAGUGGAGAAAGAGAUGCAUAAAAUACCGUUCUACUCUGAAAUGUGCGCCACGCUCAACGCGGGGGACAACUGCAAGACGUUGGUUGGUUAUACGGCCGUGUACAAAGUCUGUUUUGGCAUGGCGUGUUUCUUCUUCUUCUUCUGCAUUUUCACCAUACGAGUACGAACCAGCAAGGGGUUCCGGUCGGCCAUUCACAACGGUUUUUGGUUCCUGAAGUUUGCGGCUUUGCUUGGCUGCUGUGCUGGAGGAUUUUUCCUCCCAAACCAGGAGACAUUUCUUGAAGUUUGGCGGUACAUCGGCGCUGUUGGUGGUUUUCUGUUCCUUCUGAUACAACUCAUGCUCCUGGUCCAGUUUGCCCACAGAUGGAACCAGAACUGGUCCUCUGGCGUGGAGCGCAACAAACUGUGGUAUGCUGCCCUGGCACUGGCUACACUGGUCCUCUUCUCGGUGGCUGUCGGAGCUCUGGUUUUCAUGGUCCUGUUUUACACGCAUUCAGAGGCCUGUCUCCUUAAUAAGAUUUUCCUGGGCGUCAACUCCGGUCUCUGUUUUAUAGUGUCUCUGCUCGCCAUCUCCCCCUGCAUUCAGACCUUCCAACCCACCUCUGGGCUGCUCCAGCCGGCUGUCAUCAGUGUCUAUGUCAUGUACCUGACCUUCUCAGCUCUGUCCAGCAAACCCAUUGAAAAGGUGGAGGUGGAUGGGGUAAACGUCACUGUCUGUGUCUUUCCGUUCAGUUCCGGAUCAGACAGCGACAACAAAAUUGUGACGGGAGUAGGGACAACCAUUUUGUUUGGCUGCGUGCUGUACUCUUGUUUGACAUCCACCACUAAGAGAAGUUCUGAGGCGUUGCGUUCCGUGGGGAACUCGGUGUCGGAGAAUGAGAGAGCACGAUGUUGCUUCUGCUGUGGUGACGACACAGAGGACUAUGAUGAAGAGGAGAACAGCAGAGGAGGCCAGAGCGUCAUGUAUGACGAGAGAGAGGGGACGGUGUACAGCUACGCCUACUUCCACUUCGUCUUCUUCCUUGGCUCGCUCUACGUCAUGAUGACCGUCACCAACUGGUUCCAUUAUCAUAAUGCAAAGAUUGAGAAGCUGUUGGAUGGAAGCUGGUCAGUGUUCUGGAUUAAGAUGGCGUCGUGCUGGGUGUGUCUGUUUCUCUACAUGUGGACUCUGAUAGCACCCAUGCUCUUCCCAAAGAGGUUUGAGGCAUAGUACCUGUCUCACUCACCCAACCCCCACCCUUUACCCAAAAAAAGAGACAACAUGCCACUACUGUCAUCCUACAAACAAACAAACAAACAGAUGUGUGGGGUCUUUCUUUUUCGUCCUUGCCUUUGACCAUAGCGUUCUAUUUUUAUUUGGUUUUAUUUUGUUACUAGUUUUAUGUGAAGAACAAGCUUGGUGUGUGUAGGCCCCUUUAAUUCUUUCUAAGGUUGUUGUUGUUGUUGUUUUUGUAUGCAUUGAUAUUUGGAGCUUUGUUACAGUUCCGUCGCUGUUUUUAAGUCAUCUCUUCUGUCACCUGUGACCCAGACUACAUAUAACUACAUAUAACUGGGGGGGAAAAUGUAAAUGAUACAUUGCUCAGGCUUACAUACCACCUGUAAGUGUCUUGCAUGUUACAUUAUAUCCAAUUAAAGGAUGUGUAAAUAACAUUUCUCUACAAAUAGAUCUCGAUAUGGUUUCCAUUUGGUUAUUUUAUCAGUAAUUUAUAGUUUCACAUCACCCUUUGAGGCGUUAGAAUUUAGAAUGGUCUUGUUACAAUGUUACGAAAUAGAAUUCAUCAAAGAAAAUGAUGUUUUCCGUAUGUAUGUCAUUAUCUUUAGUCACGUUUGAUACUGUGGGACCAAUCUGUCAUAGUAAGUCAUUUUUAGUUAGACUAUUUUGUCUGAAGAGAGAGAAUGCUUAUUUAAAGUGAAUACAUUUUCUGCUCUAUACAACUCAUGACUCAGGCUAUGAGUAAAAACCUGGAGAAUGUGUUCCACUCGUGGCAAGAAAAAAAAAAAAAAAAACGGAAAUAUACCUCAGCUCAGGAGACCAGUUACUGCCCUCACUGUUCCAAGCUUCUGUGCAGUUUUAUAGAAACAAUACUUUUUUCUCAAGUUUCAGGUGUGUUACAAAUGCAAUUUAGUAGUGUUAACCUGGGCUGUUACUUUUUGUCUUCUAUUUCAGAUGACAAGGGUGUACUUUCUUUUAAUCUCAAUUGUCGCCGUCAUUAAAUUUUGGUCAGAUUAAAGCGUUUUAUAUCAUUUUACCAAAGGCAAAAUGUUAAAGAAGUUUAUUGGCUCAAAGCAGCUUUGAAUACCAAGCAAAAAGUACUAAUGUUCAAAAAUUGCACAAAUAACGGAUGUCUGUAAAUUAUGCCUAACGUUUCUCAGUCUGACCUAGUGUCACUGGAGCUGACAGGUAGCAGCAGCCCUCUGGAGAUUAGUUUAAGAGAUACGGAGUUUGUUUAACACUGCUUUUCCUCGUCUUUUGGUUGCCCUGUACUGUUACUCUUUUGAAUAGAUUCACAUACACUAUGUCUUUUUUUUUAACCGCAGUAGGCGAUUGAUGCUCUACAUUGUUACUGUGUGUGUUCUGCUUUUUUGAAUAUAGACUCUAUAGAACCCACCCACCCCCCCCCUCCCCCUCCACACUCAUUUUAGAUAGACUUUGGAAUUAAGUGUAUUUCACUUAACAUGCGGAAAGCCUUUUGUCUUUGUUCUGGUGGGCUUUUCCAUUUAAGUUUCUAUUCUGACUCAUCUUGUAGUGGUUUCUACUAACACUAAUAAUGUUCCAUACAUUUGCAAUGUGUAAACCUUUGUUUUGUUUUUUUUAGUUACUGUUAGAAAAUUGUCGGUUGAGAAGGAUGAGCUGGAAACUAAACUGGAAAUUUGUAGUAUUUGAGUUUUUUAAUUGGGUUCAUGUAAGUGUGUCAUUGCAUUUAAAACCGAAGGGAAGCAAAUAUUCUAGUCGAAGGAGUAUGACAUUUGACUUUUGGAAUAGAACAAUUAUAAAACAUUAGUCUGUGUAGCAGUUUUUUUUUGUUUGUUUGUUUGUUUUUUGCUCUUUUUAGAUAAUAUUUUCAUCUAAACAAGCUUUAGGAAUAUAAUCAUCCAGUUUGCUUGUAUGUGUCUUUAGCAAUCAGAUUUUUUUUUUUUUAAAUAAAGACAUGGAGAUGAUAUGCCUUAAGAAUUACAGUUGUUUGAGAUGAUAAAAGCUUUGCUGUGUAGUUCAAAACCAUCGCCCUUCUUUUUCUGGAAGUACACAAAUUGUUGA